AGAACGCGGAUCGGGCGUGGACAUUUUGGAGAAGUCUGGCGUGCGUUGGAGCAAAUCGGGACUACAGGCGAGUACCAGGAGGUUGUUUUGAAACGUUUAUUCACGGAAAAAUCCUUGAUCUCUCAUGAUAUUCGGCGCUCAGGUGAAAGAGAAAUCUUCUUUGGAGUAAAGCUCAGGCACGCGCCGCAUGUCGCGAGGUACCUAGAUUUCUUUACGACGAAGCCUCCUUCUCCGGACAACCAGAACAACAGAGAAGUACUAGUAGAUGAAGAAGUUGUAUUUGAUGCAGUGGGUGAGGACGAUGUAAGUGCAGAACUAAAUGAAGUAGAAGAAAAUAUAGAAGCUGCUUCGCCGGGUCUUCAAGAUACGGAGAAGUUUGAACCAGCAGAAGACAAGAACAUCAACCACGAAGAAGCGUUUGAUGUUCUAGAACAAGUACUAGGCAAAGGUGUUGAUUAUCAACAGGUAUCUGGUGACCCUCAAUCAACAUCUUCUUUAUUUUUACGGAACGACGAGGACGACUACAUCAAAGAGGACCAAGACGAUGAGCAACUUUGGCUUGUUUUCCUAAACGAGGGAUAUUCUUUGAGAGAUCUUCUAUGGUGGGUGAAUUCGGAUGGUAGUGAUGUAGCCCCCAGCCCGUUCUGGUGGUCCAUGAAGGCAAUGUCACAAGCAGUUAGC